AUGCCACCUGUGCGUUUGGAUCCUAUUUAUGUCUCCUUCCACAAUGACGAUCCCCGCAUGACUCCAGCGUCUCUCGUUGACGGCUCCAACGACACAUUUGUCCUCACAACCGGUGGAUUCCCGCAGGAUAUCAUUCUCACUGUUGGCACCACCGCCGCGGCGAAUCUCACCCGUCUCCGCCUCACUCUUCACGAGGCCCGCGAGAUUGAUGUUGGCCGCUGCUCCACAGCCCUCCCCACCUCCUUUGAGUCCGUCGCCCGCCGCACACUCCGCCGCAGCACAGACGGUGCCCGGCAGGUGGAACAACUCGAUUUGGACCCCAACGGUGCGGGGAAGGGUGUGCGAUACAUACGUGUACGUCUGCUGUCGGGAUACAGUCAAUUUGUCGCCAUGUGGGGAGUGGAGGCGGAGGGAGAGGAGUCACAGCAGCGUAUCGCCGUGUUGGAAUCACGACCGGAAGUGGUUAUGUGA